AGCUCCAAGGGGCCCUGUCUGUAAGUUUGUAAGUUUAAUAAUAAUUGUAACUUUCCCCUUUGUUCCCUCAUCUCUAGGGGUGGAAGUUGCUCUCUGAAUUUGCUAAUUCUGUGAUCCCUUAGGGAGUCCUCUUUGUACUUUUUGUAACCAAAUCAACAACUUUAAACCUAAUUACAAUUUUAAAAAAAUACUAAGAUCUAUCUGUGUAGACAACUGGUAUGUUUUCUGUUGCCCAACUUGGACCUGACUGGGUAGUCCAGGAAGCAAAUCCUCAAAGAUGAGAUGUGUAGAUUGGUUUGGGUCUGAGCUCCUCACCAAUGGGAAACAGGAUGCUGGUGGUGCCUUGGCAUCAUGAUGAACCGGAUUAUCCCCUGUGAUUGAGGGCUCAAGAGGCUGCUACACUUGUUAGGCGGUCCUGAUGACUAAGGACUGUGGCGUGGGUUGGAUGCUUCUGAGUGCCCUGGAGCACUUACAGAAAGUCGACAAGCGUAGGUUAGUUUUGGUUUGUUUUUAAACUUUAUUGAAGUAGAGUUGAUUUACAAUGUUGUGUUAAUUUCUGCUGUACAGCGAAGUGAUUCAGUUAUACAUAUAUAUUCUUUUUCAUAUUCUUUUCCAUUAGGGUUUGUCACAGGAUACUGAAUAUUGUUCCCUAUGCUAUACAGGAGGGCCUUGUCGUUUAUCUGUUCUCUAUAUAAUAGUUUGCAUCCACUAAUCCCAAACUCCCAUUCCUUCUCCCCCCACACCUCCUCCCCCUUGGCAACCACAAGUCUGUCCUCUAUGUCUGUGCGUCUGUUUCUGUCUUGUAGAUAGGUUUCUUUGUGUUGUAUUUUAGAGUCCACGUAUAAGGGAUGUGGUAUUUGUCUUUCUCUUUAUGACGUCACAGAAGCUUAGGUCUUCAAACAUUCUGCUCAAGUCAUGGUCAGAGAACCAGGGAGCACUUGUGACAGCCCUAAAGGAAUCUCAUAUCUUGUAGUCAGAGGGCUGAGGUAGCUGAAAAUCAAACGCAUGUAAUUGUGUGGUUGCAGAACUACAACAUCAACUGAAUUCACAGCCUCUUCAAGUCUCUCAUGUGAAAGGGUAUUGAUUGAGAAAGAAACUAGGAUUGGGGAUUUCUGUUUGGACUCAGAUAAAGCUGAAAAACAAAUUUUCUAGUCCCUCUGAGCCUGCCUUGCCUGUGAGAAGCAGUCUGCCUUCCUAUAUCUGAGGAAACAAGGUUUUUUAAAAUUGACAUAUAGUUGAUUUACAAUAUUAUAUUUCAGGUGUACAAAAUAGUAAUUCAAAUAUUUUUAUAAAUUAUAUUCCGUUUAAAGUUAUAAAAUAUUGGCUAUAUUCCCUGUGCUGUACAGUAUAUCCUUGUAGCUUAUUUAUUUUAUACAUAGUACUUUGUACCUCUUAAUCUCCUUCCUCUAUUUUGUCCCUUCCCCCUUCCCUCUCCCCACUGGUAACCACUAGUUUGUUCUCUACAUCUGUAAGUCUGUUUGUUUUGCUGUAUUCACUGGUUUGUUUUAUUUUUCAGAUUCCACAUAUAAGUGAUAACAUACAGUAUUUGUCUUUCUCUGACUUAUUUCGUUAAGCAUAAUACCGUGUAGGUCCAUCCAUGUUGUUGCAAAUGGCAGAAUUUCUUUCUUUUUUAUGGCUGAGUAGUAUUUCAUUGUAUACAUACCACAUCUUCUUUAUCUGUUCAUCUGACGAUGGACAGGUUGCUUCCAUAUCUUGGCUAUUGUAGAUAUUGCUGCUGUGAACAUUGGCAUGCACAUAUCUCUUUGAAUUAGGGUUUUUGUUUCAGAUAUAUACCCAGGAAUGAAAUUACUGGAUCAUAUGGUAGUUGUAUUUUUAGUUUUUUGAGGAACCUCCUUACUAUUUUCCAUAGUGGCUGCACCAAUUUACAUUCCCACCAACAGCAUACAAGGGUUUCCUUUUCUCCAUAUUCUCCCCAACAUUUGCUAUUUGUAGACUUUUUUUUUUUUUUUUUUUUUUGUGGUACGCGGGCCUCUCCCAUUGCAGAGCACAGGCUCCGGACACGCAGGCUCAGCGGCCAUGGCUCACGGGCCUAGCCACUCCGCGGCAUGUGGGAUCUUCCCAGGCCGGGGCACAAACCCGUGUCCCCUGCAUUGGCAGGCGGACUGUCGACCACUGCGCCACCAGGGAAGCCCUUGUAGACUUUUUGAUGGUAGCUAUUCUGACAAGUGUGAGGUGAUAGCUCACUGUGGUUUUGAUUUGCAUUUCCAUGAAUGAUUAGUGAUGUUGAGCAUCUGUUCGUGUGCCUGUCGGCCAUGUGUAUGUCUUCUUUGGAAAAAUGUCUAUUCGUGUCUUCUGCCCAUUUUUUAAUCAAGUUGUUUGAUUUUUUGAUACUGAGUUGUAUGAGCUGUUUAUAUAUUUUGGAUAUUAACCCCUUAUCGGUCCUAUCGUUUGCAAACAUUUUCUCCCAUUCAGUAGGUUGUGAAACUAGUCUUCUUGCUUGAAAAUGCUGUAAUAACAUCACUUGGGGCAGUCUGCAUUCCCCUCAAGAAUCACCCAGCUGAGUGCUGUCUGACCUACUUUUUACCAGCAGACCCAUCACUAGGAUCUCAUCAUACUCUGGGAAAGAAAGCACAAACUCUGACUGAAGAAGAAAUAACUUACACACCAAAAGAAUUGCAAGAUUUUGCUAUUAAAUAUGAGCAAAAGCCUGGGGAAUGUAUGUGGACGUGGAUUCUAAGAAUGUGAGAUGAAGGACAAACACUAACUACCUUGGGCCAAAUUUACUGAUACGGGUGCACUUAUAUCAAUAUAUUCUGGAUUUGAUGUGUUAGGACAUAUAGCUGGACAUGGCUCUAUACUUGAUUGGUUCACCAAAAAAACUCAGUGGUGGCCUUCAUUUAAUGAAGUUGAGAUACCAAAGCUUCCCUGGCUUUGUGCAGAGGGAAUUCAAAGACAGGGAGAUAGGAGUGUCAGAGUAGACAUAUUUUGUGUGACUUGCAUACCAUCCCCCACCUUCCCUAACUACAUUCAUUGAGAGCGCCAGCUUAAAACAACAAACAUUUAAUCUAUCUCACCGUUUCUAAGGGUCAGGAGUGGUUUAGCACUGGCUCAGGGUCUCCCACAAGGCUGCAAUCAAGAUGUUGGUUGAGACUGUGUUAUUUAAAGGCCUGCCUGGGGCUGAAGGAUCUGUUUCCAAGAUGGUUCACUCCCAUGGCUCUUGGCAGGAGACCUCAGUUUGUCACUGCAUGAGCCUCUCCACAGCAGUUUGAGUGUCUUCACAUCACAGCAGCUGGCUUCCUCCAGAGCAAGUGACCCAAGGGAGAAAGAGCAAGGCAAAAAAGCCACAAUGUCAUGCAGAGCCUUGGAAGUGAGGCUGUAUUCUAUUGAUCACAUAGACCAACCGUGAUACCUGUGGGAGAGGAUCACACAAGGGCAAGAAUACCAGAGGCAGGGAUCCCUGGGAUCCACCUUGAAAGCUGGCUAUCACAGCAGCUUGGCCUUCCACCAGCUAACUUUGCUGUUUCCCUUCCCUGUAGAUACUCUUGUGAGGCUUCUGAGGGCCAGGCUCAGGGAGCCAGUCUGAUCAUGGUUUAGUGGAGGUUUGGUUUAUGAAUCUUGGGAAUAUGUUGAAGUGAUGGGCUAAGAACUGUGUGAAGAACUUCAGUGAGAGAAAUUAAUACUGUGCAUUUUUCCCCCAACAUUGAAGAUUAUAGUGGGACCAUGGAUCUGUUUGGAGACAUAGAUGACAUUUCUUCAGAGAGUGACAGGGACAAUCAACCACCCAUUUCAGGACAGCCUGUUACUGAUGGACGUGGAGUGCCUCAGAACCAGCAGGAGGAAGAGCCAAUUUCUGAAACCAAAAUAGAAGUAGAAAUUCCCAGCAUCAACUAUGAUUUAGGAAAUGAAUUGUACUUUGUUAAACUACCCAAAUUUCUCAGCAUAGAACCCAAGCCUUUUGAUCCUCAGUAUUAUGAAGAUGAAUUUGAAGAUGAGGAAGUGCUUGAUGAAGAAGAUAGAACCAGGUUAAAAUUAAAGAUAGAAAAUACUAUACGAUGGAGGAUACGCCAGGACAAAGAAGGAAAUGAAAUUAAAGAAAGCAAUGCUCGGAUAGUCAAGUGGUCCGAUGGAAGCCUGUCCCUGCAUUUAGGCAAUGAGGUGUUUGAUGUUGACAAGGCCCCGAUGCAGGGCAAUCACAACCAGCUGUUCAUUAGGGAAGACACUGGUCUGCAGGGACAAGCCAUCUUUAAGUCCAAACUCACCUUCAGACCUCAUGCUACAGACUGUGCCACACUUAGAAAGAUGACCCUGCUACUUGCUAACAGAUGCUCGAGGACACAGAAGAUUAGAAUCUUACCGAUGGCUGGUCGUGACCCUGAAUGCCAGCGCACAGAGAUGGUUCAGAAAGAAGAAGAACGUUUGAGGGCGUCUACUCACCAGGAGACCAUCCAUCUGUGGGAAAAGCAGAACCAGCGGGGGCCGAGUGCCCCCUACCAGGGCCCCAGCAGUGGUGAGGAGGGAGAAGCCAGCAAGAACCAUGGCCAAGAGGAGAGGGCCAGAAUCUAUUCUUCAGAGAGUGAUGAGGGACCAGAUGAAGAUAAGGCUCAAAGGUCGCUGAGAGCAAAGAAGCUCACCAGUGAUGGGGAGGUGAACCCUCCAGAAAGAGGAAAGCAGGCGGCGAAGAAGAAGAGGAUGACUGAAGUAUGAAACGCGUGCUUGCUUAUACCAUGGACUCCCCUUUUUAAAUGAAAAAAUAUCAGAUGCUGUCAACGGAAAAACAAUAUACAAAGCUCUAUACAUGUAACUUUUCCAGAGGACACCUACUGUACAAAGCAAGUAUAUGGAUUAUUUCAUUCAAAUACAAGAAUCUGCAAUUUAACUAUCAAGAUGUAAUUCUCCUUAAGAUCUCUAACAAUCUGCUAAUUUCUUAAACACAAAAUGUUUAUUUGGUCUUUUAAACGACAGGCACCGCACCAUUAGAAAAUGUAUUUCACCUAUGAAUUAGACUUCUACUAGGCUUUAGCUCCAAGUGUACAGCACCAAAAUCCAUUUUAAUAAUAUCAAUAUUAUUAAUACUGAUUUUUUAAUACAUACAAUUUCAUGCAAACUGGAAAAAUUAGAACUUCCAAUAUGAAUAUAAAAUUUUAUAAAAUGGGAAAUUAAAAGCUUUUUAAAAAACAGCAAUUUAAAAAUGCAAAGAAUAGUCUUUGCUUAGGUAACCAGAUAAGUUUACAUUGGUUACACUAUAAAAACUUAAAGUCUUAGAAAAUCUUUGGUUUAAAAAUCAAGAGUAUUUCACAACUCCAAUCUGUUAUAAAAAAUUUUAGAUAAAUACAGAAAUACUGAAAGUUACUAAAAGGGUAAGAGGUGCCAGAUUUUAAAGAUCAAAGUAAACAUCAGUUUUCUCCCUUGUCAUUACAAUUCUUGAAAGAUUUUCUGCAUUUAAUCAGAUCAAUGUUCACCCUUAUUUAUUAAGAAAUCUUUUCUUCAAUUAUAUAAUGAACUAUUGUAGCUCAGAACUGGAAUGGUACAAGGAAAUCACUCAACUUCUUCAUACUUUGAUAAAUAAUAAGUGGAAAAGAUAUUACCCCAAGUAUAACACACAAUUUUAGGUGGGGCCCACCUACCUAUAUUUAAAAAAAAGCUUUGGGGAGGAAAGGGUAACAUACUUAGCAAUUUACUGACUGACUUACAGGGCAGGGCAAGCAAGGAAGCCUUGCUAAAAGUGUACUGGUAGCUCUGCACAGCUGCUCCAUGCUGACUCCCCACCCUGCUGGAACUGUGCAGUCUCUAAAACCAAGUGCAUUUCCAAAGUCAUUUAUGAAAGGAGAGAGGGAGAGAGCGAGCAAGAGUGAGCUUGACUUGCUAACUUGGAAAAACCUCCAGCACCCUAUAACUGAAAGGGAAUAGCAGUACAGUGCAAAGCCAGUCUUUGGCCCCUUUCAAACAAUGGAUACUGAUUCCAAAAAAACACACACUCAGUCCUCAUGAGGAAAGCUUUUGCCUGUUAAGAAGGCUUAUUACUGUAGCAUGCAAGGAGUUGCCUAGCUCAUUAGAUAAACUGUCCAACCCAAGACAAAGGAGCAGACAUUUUAUAAUUCAAUUUCAAGAAGUUUAAAAAAAUUAACAAAAGACCUCUCCCCUAUUCUGGAAGGAGAUUCCUCCUUUAGAAAAAUCUCCCUGUAAGGGAUACACCCAGGCCUGAAUUGUCAAGGCCAGGACUGCUCAGACUCCUUUGCCCCUGUCGUCUGCAGCUGUAACGCCUCUGCCAUCUCCUGCUCCGGGGCUGCCCUGAAAUAGGACAUGAAUGCAGGCCCAAAUUAUCGAUCAUACUAUUGGAUCUGGAGUAGUCUUCCCACCACAGGACUACCGUUUAACUGUUCACCUUAAUACUUUGAAGGAUAGGAAGACAGCUUGUGUUAUGAGAAAUUGCUUUUAUACAAUGUAGACCAAAAAGUACAAGAUGAAAGGAAACAGAUUUAUCUAACAGCCAUUUUCCUUAUUGAUUGGGAAAAUCUGUAGUGAGUGGUGAUUAUACCAUUCAGACAAUUCUGUGUUGCAUGUAGGAACGUCUCACUAUCCUGUGCAGCUCUUAAUUUAUACCCAGGCUAGUUUCUAAUUUACCAUCAGUAACCAUCAAUUUAAAGGACCGUUUUGCAUGCUCCUCAGACUUAAUCUCCACCAUUUAUUAACUUUGAUUUCAUGUGUUUAAAAACAGCUUUCUU